AUGCCGGACAGGAUUGUCGCGCCAACGGGGCGCAGCGCUGCCGCAGGCGAGUCGGUGGACCCCGAUGUCCAGGGCGGCAGUGGCGGCAGUGGCGCGGCGAUGGUAGGCGCGGCAGCAGCGGCUUGCGCGGAUUCCAACGGGGUCGCAACGACUCCAGACGCGGCGGCAGUUACGGUCGGGAAGGUUUCUACUCCGGCGAUGCCAGGUGUGGAUGCGAUGGUUGGCGAGGGCUUAAACGGGAUCGCAGUGAUGCCAGACAUGGCGGCAGUAACGACUGAGAGGGCCGCCAUUCCAGCCCCCGCCCCAGUCCCGCCGCCGCCUACCACUCCGGCUCCCGCCCGAGCUCCAGCUCCAGCCUGCUGCAGCAUCCGCGCCAGUUCCGCCGCCGCCUUGCGCGAUCUCGGGGGAAAGCUGCCACGAGCUGCCGCGUCGGGGCAGGCGAGCAGUGUUGCGAGAAGAGCGCCGGGGAGGCGGCGUGCAGGGUAG